CAGCACAACAAAAACAGAAACAGAAACAGAACCAAAAAUUUAAAAUUGAAGGGGUCUUAUCACACAAGUAUCGUUUUAAUACUGUAAUUAACUUGACUGGAGAAUUGUUUAUUACGCCCCGGGCCCCGGACCUAACAGAAAGUAAAGAGUAAUUUAAGUUUUAUUUAGAGCUUUAAUCCCAACAUUUACUUACAAUGUCCUUUUGUGUUCUAAGGACAUUAAAUUUUGCCAAAGAUGGAUCUUGGAAUCUAUGCUGUCGUUACCCUUAUCAAGCAAGUAAGCUCCAGCAAACAGCCUUGCAGUUGCCAUUCAAUUUAAGGAAUUCAUUGAAAACUUCAAAAUGGAACUUCUCAAGAGGAUCAUUUGGGAGACGAGCAGAGAAUACAUUUCAAGACGAAUAUUCAUUUUCUCGUUUGUGGAAGCCUUUCCUUUUCACUAUUGGUGUUGGUGGUGUGAGUAUCACUGGAGCUGCGAUCUGGCAAUAUGAAACUGCUCGGUCAAAAAAUCUCCAAACGCGAAAGAUAUGGGAAAGUUGGGUUACUCCAAAGUAUGGUCAGUUUCGCCAGCAUAUGCACAUGUGGUGGAACAGUCUGAGUGCAGGAGACAAGGUUUUUGCCCCGAUCUGUUUCCUAAAUGUGUUGGUAUACCUGGCGUGGAGGGUUCCUGCUUGGCAGCCUGUCAUGAUGCUUUACUUCACGUCAGGCCUUGCAAAAGGAGCUGUGUGCUGGCCUAUGCUGCUCUCAACAUUCAGUCAUUACAAUAUUUUUCACCUCGGUACAAACAUGUUCGUCCUUCACAGUUUUUCCGAAGGAGCUGUCAGUUCUCUAGGUAAGGAACAGUUUGUGGCUUUCUACCUGUCUGCAGGGAUGGUAUCCUCAUUCACUAGUUACCUGUACAGAGCUGCGCUGCGAAGUCCUGUUACCUCACUAGGAGCUUCAGGUGCUGUGAUGGGAGUCUUGGCGUAUGUUUGCUCUAGACAUCCCAACUCUAAAUUAGCGGUUAUAUUUCUACCCCAAUAUCCAUUUGAAGCCAGUACGGGUCUGAAAGCUAUCAUGUGUAUGGACACUGUGGGCUGCAUAGCAAGAUGGUCGUAUCUAGAUCAUGCAGCCCAUCUUGGAGGUUCACUUUUCGGAGUGUUUUGGCACAUAUUUGGAUAUGAAUACAUUUGGAAAAAGAGGGAACCGUUGGUGACGGCCUGGCAUAAACUAAGAGGACCACUCUGAUUGUUAUAAUAUUGUUACAUUUUUGCUGAUUAAAAUUUAUUUUUUAUUUAAGUAAA